GAUGGAUUGGAUAUGUGUGGAUUGAGAAGAGAGACUUUUGCCUUUUGGGGUUGAAUCUUCCAAGCUUUUAUGGGAAUCUGAAUCUGCUGGUAUAUCCUAAAUUGCCCAAUCGCAGACCACGCUUUCCAUAAAAGAAAAAAAGAAUAUGAAAAGUCCAAGCUUUUUGCUUUGAAGCCGCCAGUUAUGUAUGUGAAACCAGUGGCAGUAGCCGUGAGGUCAGCUCUGGAAAUCUCCUCCGCUCCUGCUCCUUCCGCCGGGGGCGACCUUCCGAUGAUGCCGGACGACGCGCAGAAGUGCGUGAACUCUCUCCAGACCUCGCUCCUCAGCCGAAACAUCCGGAUCCCACAGCCGAACGCCACGUGUGACGCCAUACUCUGCUUCUUGGGAUCAGGCUCCACCAGAUCAGCUCCCUCAGCUGUCCGGCGGCGUUCAACGUCUCCGGGUUCCACAACGCCACCCCUACCGCCGCGGUCAAGAAUCUCGAAAAGAACUGCCGCAACUCUUCCUACACUGGCUGCACCAAAUGCCUCGGCGCCCCCCACUGUAAAUUUUCAGCUCGUUCCAGUUUCGGACAUUGUUUAGUAAUUAGUACUACAACAGGGAAGAGAUCUUUUUAUUUUUUACUCGUUGCAUUUCUUAAACAUUGCGUUUUGGCCAAAACCCAGAAGGUUAUUUACUCCAUUGAGGGUGGUGAAGAUUUUGUGGAGGUGCAUUUAUGAUAAAUCAUUAGGAAUUGAGAACCCAAUGGCCAU